CUGGGAAGGAGAUGUUCAGUACGAGAAACACUCCUCUACACUCUUGCGCUCCGAUAACAAGGACCAGAAAAUGUCACCCAUGCCCUCAUGCAUCGGAUUCGCAUCGGCAUUUGCCAUGAAGGAUGCCGGCCGCCCUCGACUGCGGCGAAUCAUGCUGCCACAGCUCAGCCACCGAGUCCAGAACACACCACGCUGGCCGCCUCCAAGGUACAUCGCCUGAUGUACGCCCUCACUCAGCCUCCGCGUCUUCAUCACAAUGUCUCUUUUGCAUCCCAGCAUCGCACUCACUCAACUGUGCUAUCUGGGGCUUCUGCCAUCAUCUACACUCCAAGAUGCGGUUGUUGAACGUGUCUACACUGGAGCUGAAGGAGUUCGGCGAGAGCAGCAUCCCACCUUAUUACAUCGCGUCUCACCGCUGGACAUCAGAUGAAACGACAUACAAAGAUGUGAAGAAGCGACGCAACACCACCUCAACUGGACAUCGGAAACUCCAAAGCUUCUGCGACUUCAUCCAGCGGACAAAUGUUCCAACGACGCGAGCCAUGACCACUCUCGGCAUUGAGCGAAGUUGCCAGUGGCUCUGGAUCGACACCGCGUGCAUGGACAAGAGCAGCAGUGCCGAUCUGUCUGAAUGCAUCAACUCCAUGUUCCAUUACUACGCAGAUUCUCAGAUUUGCUACGCCUAUUUGCACGACGUUGGACCUCUGAAGAACCACGAGAGCGCCAUCAUGGACUUUGUGCAAAGCGAGUGGUUCCGUAGAGGCUGGACGCUACAGGAACUGCUUGCCCCGCGUAAAGUAGUCUUCCUCAAUCGGGAUUGGGAGAUCUUCGGCCAUAAGUGUCAGCUGCACAAAUGCGACUUGAGCUGUCAAGGCUUCGGCACCUGCUUGAACGCCAAGAUCGAAAAGAUUACAAGUAUCAGUCUGAACUAUCUCUCGCGUCAAUGGAUGCCUAGCUAUCUUCGUCUCAUGGAAUCCGUGCAAGUCUGGAUGCAAAACAGGAAAACGGAACGUAUCGAAGAUCAAGCGUACUGCCUACUGGGACUUCUCGGCAUCAAUCUUGCUCCCAUCUACGGCGAGCGUGAGAAUGCUCAGCUACGUCUGCGAGAAGAAUUCAACAAGCGGUCGAGGAGACUUCCCGCGCCUGUAAUGCGACCCUUGGGGCAGACCGGUGCUUCGCCCAGCGGUCACAGCAUCUAUGAUCCCGCCGCAUAUGAGCCUGCCGGACUAUACGCUGGCCUGUCAGCACUCGAAGCAAGAUAUCCGGGUAUCAGUAAUGAUGUUUGGUCAGCUGAUGCCAAAGCGAUUCAAUAUUCGAAUAUCGUCGUCUCCCAAUCGCAGAUUACGAGCCAGAGAACCAAAAGUGAAUCAAACCGUGCCCGGCAUAAAAGCCAUGGCCCAAAUCUGGUCGGUCCCAUCAGCCUCGACGACGCACCGAAGCUUCCUGUGGGACGUCUCUCGGGACCAACCCGAGACGUCAGUAGAACGUAUUCGGUGUCAGCGAGACGAUUUCGCAGCGACACGAGCGAUUGCAGCACAAUCGCUGUGCCAGAUCUGGGUCCACUUCCUCCAGUUCCAGGGCUGCCAACACCGAUCCCAAACGAGGGUGAAGGUUCUACGAGUCCAUUCGUGAGCGCGUCGGGCAGGCCUAAGACUGCUACUGGAAGCUUGACUCCUCCCAGUGGCGCCAUUGAAGGAAGUAAAACGCUCACGCAUGCGCUGCAAAACGCAAUGGAAGCUGUAGUCGCUCGCUCGCAGAGCACUCGGACCGGACUGCGGGAAGAGCGUUUGCGAAAGAUCACUGAAGCGAUGAACGCCCAGCCGCGGAUCAACGACUCUGACUUGUCACUGCUGGUUACCAAGCAGAUCGAGGAAGAACCGGGUACGCCUACAGGUGAACGACAAGAUGAGGAAGCUGCGGGAGAAGAGGAUGACGAUGGCGGGAAAGAUUCUGCUGUUGGAAGGGAUUCUCUUCCGCAACUGAGCUUUGAGUUGGAAGCUCCCGAAGAAUUGCAUACGCACUUUACUGACGCGACAGAAGAAGACUCAGAUCGGCUGCGCGAGCCAGAGACCAUUUUGCUUCCGGACUCCGACAUCGAAAGCGAACCAGACACGACAGAGCUUAUGAAAGCAGCCAACACUGAUCUCAUUGAAGACUUUGCCGAGGAACUGCGCAUAGCCGACGAUCAUGAAGCUAGUCUGAAUCGUCUGGAGAGCGAAAUGGAAGACGUUGCAGGAAGUCUUCUCCCUCAUGCCAACGUGCAAGAGAGGUAUGAUAAGCCGGGCGAGCGAGAUUCUCUCGCGCAAUUCGAGAUCGAAAUGGAUGCUUUUGCGAAAGAGCUGUUCCCGGUGUUGGAGUUUGAAGGUGAUGUUCGAAGUGAUGUGGUACUUGAAGAGUGGUUAUAG